AUGACCACUGUACCAGUACAGGGAGAGAAACGUUGUGACCAAAAUGAUCACACUGUAAAAGUUGUGCGAGGAAAAGAUGAAAUCACAGGAGAGUAUGAUCCCAAUAUUUUGCUGGCAGAAAUGGCCUGCAAACACGCAGUGGAUCCAAACUCACUGACUGCAUGGUGUCGGUACCUUCUACAUCAGGGUCAGUACAAAUUCUACUGCCCAGCGUUGAAAGAUGAUGGACAGGCAUGUGGACAGGAAUGGCCCUACCAUGAAGUUCGCAAGCUGGCAGUACUAACCAGAGAGGAGCAACUGCAUUUUGAGGAAACAGUUGCUGUGCUGGCUGCAGCUGAGUACUGUGAAUACAAAUCAUGUCCUGGAUGUGGAACAUAUGUUGAAUGCACAGAUUUGAGUAACUUGAGUGUCCGCUGCACUAUCUGUACUGCAGAAAAGGGGAGUGUUUACAAGUUCUGUUGGCAGUGCCUGAAACCAUGUAAGGGACGUAGCCCACGUUCUGACCGAUGUGAUAAUGAAGGGUGCACCAAUCUGGAACUGGACACACUACGCCUUUGCCCAUUAGUCAACCACUUAGAUACUGUAGUGAAGAAUUGCCCUUCCAUUCGAGCCUGCCUAACAUGUGGGUCAGUACAAAUUCUAGUGCCCAGCGUUGAAAGUUGAUGGACAGGUAUGUGGACAGGAAUGGCCCUACCAUGAAGUUUGCAAGCUGGCAGCACUGACCAGAGAGGAGCAGCUGCAUUUUGAGGAAACAGUUGCUGUGCUGGCUGCAGCUGAGUACUGUGAAU